CCAGAGGGAGGGACAGGGCAGACACCAGACACCAUGGAGACCCCCGCAGCCCCUACCCGCAGAGGACGUGUCCCCUGGCAGGGGCUCCUGCUGGCCGUCUCUCUCUUAACUGUCUGGAGCCCGCCCGCCACUGCCCAGCUCUCUAUUGUGUCGACCAACGCCGCCGAAGGGAAGGAUGUGCUUCUACGUAUCCGCAAUAAGCCUCCAGAUGCGAUGGGCUUUAUGUGGUACAGGGGGGAAGGGGCGAGAUCCAAUCGUAACAUUGGAUCCAUUGCAAUGGACCUAAGAGCAUAUGCAACAGGGCCCGCAUACAGUGGUCGGGAGAAAAUAAAUAACGACGGAUCCAUGCUGUUGAAGAAGGUCACGCGGAAGGAUGCGGGAUACUACACCAUAGUGGCCUACCUUCAUGAUUCAAAAAAAGAAAUUGGAUUUGGACGGCUCAAUGUGUACCAGCCUGUGAGAGUGCCCACCCUCCUAGCCAGCAACACCACAGUCACAGAACAUAAGGACUCCGUGGUCAUGACCUGCUACACAAACGCAGUCUCCACCCAGUGGUUGUUCAAUGCCGAGAGUCUGCGGCUCACGGAGAGGAUGAAGCUGUCCUGGCGCAACAGAACCCUCACCAUAGACCCCGUCAGGAGGGAGGAUGCUGGGUACUAUCAGUGUGAGGUCUCCAACCCCAUCAGUUCCUGUGAAAGUGAGCCCCUAGGGCUUGAUGUGAAAUAUGAGUGA